GGGAGGACUUGUGUGUCUGUGUUGUUGUUCGGCGGCGGCGGCGGCGGCGGCGGUAAGAUGGCGGCGCACGGGGGCUCUGCGGCCUCCUCGGCGCUGAAGGGGUUAAUCCAGCAGUUCACCGCCAUCACGGGUGCAAGUGAAAGUGUGGGGAAACAUAUGCUUGAAGCCUGCAACAAUAACCUGGAGAUGGCUGUCACAAUGUUUUUGGAUGGUGGAGGAAUAGCUGAAGAGCCUAGUACCAGUUCAGCCAGUGUAUCUUCUGUCAGGCCACACACAGAAGAUGAAGUACGAGCUCCAAUUCCUCAAAAGCAGGAAAUAUUGGUAGAACCAGAGCCCUUAUUUGGUGCUCCUAAAAGGCGACGGCCAGCUCGUUCAAUAUUUGAUGGUUUUCGAGAUUUUCAGACUGAAACUAUUCGGCAGGAACAAGAGUUGAGAAAUGGAGGAGCAAUAGAUAAGAAGCUCACUACCCUUGCAGAUCUCUUCCGACCACCUAUUGAUCUCAUGCAUAAAGGCAGCUUUGAAACUGCCAAAGAGUGUGGCCAGAUGCAGAACAAGUGGCUUAUGAUCAACAUCCAGAAUGUGCAGGACUUUGCUUGCCAGUGCCUCAACCGGGAUGUCUGGAGUAAUGAAGCUGUGAAAAACAUUAUCCGGGAACACUUCAUUUUCUGGCAGGUAUAUCAUGACAGUGAGGAAGGACAGAGAUACAUACAGUUUUACAAAUUAGGGGAUUUUCCCUACGUCUCCAUCUUGGAUCCAAGGACAGGUCAGAAGCUAGUGGAAUGGCACCAAUUGGACGUGACUUCUUUCUUGGAUCAAGUGACAGGAUUCCUGGGUGAGCAUGGUCAACUGGAUGGACUCUCCAGCAAUCCCCCCAAAAAAUGUGGCCGCUCUGAGAGCCUCAUAGAUGCAAGUGAAGACAGCCAGCUAGAAGCAGCUAUCAGAGCCUCCUUGCAAGAGACACAUUUUGAUUCUACACAGGCAAAACAGGACAGCCGCUCAGAUGAAGAGUCAGAAUCUGAACUUUUUUCUGGAAGUGAGGAGUUCAUAUCAGUUUGUGGUUCUGAUGAGGAAGAGGAGGUAGAGAAUCCUGCCAAAUCUAGGAAGUCUCCCCACAAAGACUUAUUGCAUAGGAAAGAGGAGAACCGGAGGCCUCAGACUGAGCCUUCACCUAGGACUGAACCUGGAACUGCAACAAACCACCAAGUACUGUCAGGAAUGGAUUCUGAAAUAUUGGAGGUGUUACCUGAGAAGUCAGAUGGGCUUUCAGAGGGGCUGGAAAUGAAUGGACCAAAAGCACAGCUGAUGUUGAGGUAUCCAGAUGGAAAGAGGGAACAGAUCACUCUUCCAGAACAAGCUAAACUUCUCGCUCUGGUGAAGCAUGUGCAGUCAAAAGGAUACCCAAAUGAACGUUUUGAACUUCUCACCAACUUCCCUCGACGGAAGCUUUCUCACCUUGACUAUGACAUUACAUUACAAGAGGCAGGCCUCUGUCCUCAAGAGACUGUCUUUGUACAGGAAAGAAAUUAGCACCGUGGCCUGACCUCUCUCAGCUGCCCCUCGUCCUUUUAUGUGGGAUACUGCAUCCCUGUGUUGUGCAGUUUGGCUCCUAGGACCACAGAGCCAAACUGGACAAGCAGCACCCGCCUGCUUUCUUCUUUGUCUGGGCUCUCCUCCAUAGCGUCUUUCCCUCUGUCUUCUUCUGUCCUUCCUCCUCUCCUCUUUCUUCCCUUUCCCCCCCUAAUCUGGUGACCAAAUGAAAACCUAAGUAUACCAUCUGUCCUAAUAUUGGCAGCAGGAAAUGCUUGUUCCAUUUGGAAAAGAGAGAUGCUGCUGUCUGGCACAUCACUCUCUGGAAAUAUGAAAAAUAAUGUGACCUCAUUUUCCUGUGGUGGAGGAAGGGCCAGAUUAAAAAAAAAAAAAAAGAACCACUUCCCAUCCCCAACUUAUUCUUUGCCCUUGGGAGAAAAAAAAAAGUGUCUUCAUUUUUUUAAAGUUUCACAUAAGAAAUAUCAUGUAACAAAAUAACCAGGCUUUUGCUUAUGUGGAGAAAAGCGCUCCUUAUGAUAGUUUGUCUCCCCCCCAAUUUUUUUUUAAUUUCUCUUUCCCUCAUUCUCUCCUGUAGAAGAAUAGGUCCAUGGUAUAUGUGCUAUUGGGAAGUUGAUUGUCAAAUAUGGGAUGAGAUAGAUUAGAAUGGCUUUCAACACUCCUGCCUUAGACAGUUUUCUCCAUCACUCUUUAUUUGGAAUUAUUUUAUGGAAGCUGGUGAUACCAACAUACUAGGAGUGAAUAGUAAUUCAGUGAAGUUAUUGAAUCCUUUAUACCCAUUUUCAAGCUAAUGAUAUCUUAAGAUUUUCCAUAAUUUCAAAAACUUCUCGUGUUGGGAAAAGAAAUGUGUUUACUCUUAGGACAGUAUAGAAUUUCCUGGCCUCUUCAUUUUCUGGGUCCAACAAAGGGUUUAAGAAUGGCAGGAGCUUUUUUUUUCCUUUUUAAAUUGUAGUUUUACAAUCAUGCAGUAAUGGUAACUGUAAAUUAGAAAUUGGUCUUGCUAUUGAUCUUAUCUAUGGUGCUUUAGGGCUGCCUCAGAGAAAGAGAGGAAAAAAAAAGGAACUCUGAAUAGGGGGUUUCUUUAGAUAUAAUGCAAAUUCGUUUUGAUCCCAGGGUAAAAUAAUCUUUAAGAGGCUAUACUGACUAAAUGAGCUUAACUCCUUUAAGAUUUUGGUUCUGCCAUCACCUCUUGUAGCCAAAGGAUAUUCAGUGGCAUGAGAACUGAAAGCAUCUCUUAAGAGAACACCUUUCAACUCAGUCCAUAAAGCAGCAUUUAAUAACUGGAGUGAGAAAAGCUGUCUUUAGUAAUCUUCCAACAGUUGUAUUUUUUCCUGCCACAAAAAACUAACUCAUUUAAUUUGUAAGUAAAGUGAGAGUUUGAUAUUCAGCUCCAAAGAAGUUAUCUAUUUUGGAUGAACACAACACCAUUCAUUUGCCCCUUCCUUAUUUUGAGCUAGCAGGAGAGUAGGGACUUGGGGUGAAGGUGGCAAUAGAACUAAAACUUUGUCUAUAUAGAGAUCAUACUAUAGAGUGUACCAAGUUUUGUCACUGUUAUUUAGGCUGAUUUGUUUCUGCACCUUAGAGGAAAAAUAAAUUGCUAAUGUUGGAAAUAAAGUACAAAGUUUAACUUGUAACCCAAAUUCAGAUAUAUUUUCAGAGACUUUUAGGCUUCCUGUCUAUUUUAAGAGAUCUUACCUUUUAGCACCCAAGGGAUAAAGGAGGAGGGGAUUAUCUUUUGUUCGUACACAAUUGUGGAAUGUGAUUUCUAAUGAUUGAUUGGUGAGGCACCCUCACUAAAGAAUGAAAUAUAUGUCUUCUAUAGGAAAUCAUGGGAAAGUCUGUUUAUUCUUUAAUGGAUCUUUACAAAUGAAUGUCCUUACAUUUUCCUAAGUCUGUGUAAGUGCUUAUGUAUAAGUAUAUAAUUGUAUAAAUAUUUAUAAAUAUAUUUAUAUAAUUACAGUUUCUUGUAUGCAUUGAGUCAGAGUUAUCUAUCCAGAUUGGUGAUUAAACAGCACUACUUUGGUGUUUUUGCACAGGGGUCUACAGGUUUACCAGCAGCUUCUGAUUCCUUGCAAAAACAUACCUUUCUUGGUAAUCUCUGCAGGUAAUAUAUUGGAGGGCCUUAGAUAUGAGCACUUGUUAACUAUGGAGAAGCACUGUGUAUUAUCAGUAGUACACAGGAAGAAAUGGAGAUUUUGGAUUAGAGAAGGAUUUAGAAACCUUGAAUUUUCGGGUGGCACGAGGUCAGGGCCUCUUCUAGGAGUACGGGAAAGACCAGUGAAGUAGGUCCACUUGUGAACUACAGAUUUGUGAGCAGAGUGACAGCUGAGUGUGUGAAAUGUUCUUUGGAUAAAUCACCCAUUGAAUUCCUUCCCCAGUUCCUUUGAUAUUCUCCUUUUUAGGAAAAAUAGUCAAAGUCAAGAUGUAGUCUUUUCAAAGGCAAGUUCCAGGCUUUCUGAUAAAGCCCAGUCAUUGUUAGGUGACUAUUUGUAUUUAGUAUAGUGAAUCUUGAGGGUGGAAAUAUGUAGAAAACUGAAAAACAGACAAAUGAAAAGAGCAAAGAUUCCUCCUAUCCUAAGCACACUUUGGCCUUGAAUUUCAGAAUAUGGUCAUUGAAUUAUUUUAUCUCACAGAGACAUAACUAUUCUGUGGUUGUUAGGGCUUCAGUAAGGGCACAGAGCUACCCCUUAAUGGAGCACAUACUUUAUAUCUAGCAUUCUCCAAUCCCAGAAAAAUUUGUUGCUGCUCUCCUUAAAAUUAUUCUGCUUUCUUUUUAUGCCUUCUUUCUUUUCAAGAUUCUUUAAACUAAGUUAAAAUAGUGAUUUUUCGCUAUUUUGGAGGCAAAGAGAAAUGUGUUAUGAUUUAGCUUCGAGAGCUAAAUUAAGUGGGUUGAGAAAGAAGCACUUUGGCUGUACAUUUUUACUUCUUUCAGGACUUUCCCUUGCUCCUUUGAAUCUUUCUCUGGAUUAAGAAGAGGGAGCCCUUGUCUUUCCCUAGUUAUGGAAGUACUGUUUCUGGGAGGGGAAUUGCUGAGAAGAAAGUGGUUUAUAUGAAUUACACUAAUUGGUUUUGUUAUUGGUUUAAAUGGUAAUUGAAGUUAGGGGGUCAGAGAUAAAGAAUCUAUAGUCCAGCUGCAGACUUAAGAAUGUCUGAGCACAGUCCUCUUACAGUAUUUACUUACUCUAGCUGGGUGCUUUUCCUAACCUGCUUUGAUCUUCAAAGGAAAGCAUCUAUGUGGAAUCAGCAUCCAGAUUCACAAAAGUAUAACUUGACACAACAGUUCAACAGCUGUGAUUAUAAUGGUUAUUUUCUUUUAAUACACUGGGGCAGGAUGGGAGGGUAUUUAAUAGGUUGGAAGGGUUGGGGGAGAAGGGAGGGUUUGGGAAGGGGACACACCUUAGAAAUAAGCCAGGCCACAGAAAUUAAUUGAGAACUGGUAGGGAAAAGUGAGUUCAGGAGAAUUUAAGAUGAAGAGAAAUAUUUUUUGAUGCAGGAAGGACCCAUUUAAAAGACAAGAUUUUUAUAAUUUGGGAAAGAAGAUUGUUUUUGGUUAAUGGUAGUUAAUUCUAUUUCAAAGGCCUAUUCCUCCAACAUUGACUAAUAAAGCUUAAAUUUAAAAUCAUAGGACUUUAAUUUGUCUAUUAAAAUUUGGGAAGGAAAAAAGGGAAAAUAAUGGUAGAAAAUUUUGAAGAGGACUUGCCCUGAGAAUCAAAAUUUCUUAAUCAUUCCACUGUUCUGAGGAGCUAGCUUUUUUUUUUUUUUUUUUUUUUUUUUUGGUGAGGCAACGGGUUAAGUGACUUGCCCAGGAUCACACAGCUAGUAAGUGUCAAGUGUCUGAGGCUGGAUUUGAACUCAGGUUGUCCUGACUCCAGGGCCUGUGCUCUAUCCACUGCACCACUUAGCUGGCCUGGGGCUAGCUUUUAAUACUAAUUAGGAAGCUAUUAUUAAAAUGAGUAGACUGGUGAAAGUAUAAAAGGAAAAAAAAGAACUUAAAUUAUUAGAUUGCUUGCCAUGAAUAAUUACUCUGUCAGUGUACUUUACAUCCUUAGGAAAGGAUAGAUUCUCUUCCUGUCUUCAAAUAUUAUCAGGCUCAAUAUCUGUUGUUUAAGGACUUUUCCUAUAUCAUUUCAUUCAGGUAUCAUUGUCCCAUUUUCCAGAUGAGGAAAUGGCCUCAACGAAGUUGAAAAAUUUGUCCAUGAUUGCACAGGUUUAAACCCAGAUCUUCUUGAUUCCCAAGGUCAGCAGUCCAGCUGCUACUCCACUUUGCCUCUUGCCACACAUUUGUUGAGUCCUGACUGCUGUGUCACCUGGCAUAGACCCAUGAUGGACUACUAAAUGAAAGGUUUAAAAAGAAAAGCAUAAUGUAGAACCCUGGUUCUCAAGGACCUGGAAACCUAGUUAAAGGGACGAAAUACAAACGAAACGUUUAGAGAAUAACGAAUUACUAAGGUGCCUGUUAAUGUAUCGUUAGCAGUUCAGAGAAGAUAAAGACCAGUAUGGACUAGUGAUCAGAGAUGGCUUUAUGGAAAAGGUGUUCUUGGGGAAUAGGUGGGAAAUGACCUGAUUUUAAUAUAAAGCGACAAAUUCCUUUACUCCAUUUAUUGCUGCCACAGUUUAUGGUGUGAUUGGGUGGAUCCUUUUUUUUUUUUUUUAAGUGAGGCAAUUGGAGUUAAGUGACUUGCCCAGGGUCACACAGCUAGUAAGUGUUAAGUGAGGCCGGAUUUGAACUCAGGUCCUCCUGACUCCAGGGCCGGUGCUCUAUCCACUGCGCCAUCUAGCUGCCCCCUGGGUGGAUCCUUUUAAGUUUUUGUGUCAGUUUUACCAAGAUUGCUAACCACCUGCUUCGCCUUGAGACUAUAGCUCACUAAGAAAAUAUCCCAUAUUUGGACACAUAGGAGGAACUACUUGACAGAACCUCUAGUACUUAGUACAACUUGGAGAAAGUUAUCUUCUCUGCCACAUGCCAAGUCAUUCAUAGAUGCCCCCUUGUUUUGUUGUAGGUUGUCCCAGAAGACUUUAGAGAUGAAGUGUUUCCUUUGCCCUUUGUUCACGAACUGGUUUUUUGACUAAUCAGUCCUGUCUGCUGAAAUUCAAUAAUGGUGCAGUGGUUUUACUCUUCAGUGCUUUAUUCCUGGUCAACAUUGUCUCCAAAUAAGGGAUGAUUAAAUCAACCCGGAUAGUUCACCAUUGCUAUAAUAACAUUUAACUUUCCUUGUUUUAUAGGUUAUUUUUUGUGCUGAAGCCUAAGAUGUUAACUGUCUGAGUAAUUUUGUGAGGAUUGGUUUCAGAAUCUAAAUCUGUCUUUUUGGUUGUUUUUUGAGAAAAUUUCCAAUACUCCAUCAGGCUAUAAGUUACAGAGAAGUUGUAGUAGAGAGAAUUUCCUCCCUCCCCUCAUCCUAUUAGAUUGACUUGUAAAAAGACAGAAACUGAUAAAGACAUCUCUCUAUGUUCCUUGCCAUUUCCCCCAAGUUUUAUGCUUUGUCUCUCUGAAGCACUUAUUGUGCGGUGCUCAUCUCUUUUAUUAUCAUCAUUGUUGAAAAGAAUAAAUUUGUGAGGAGUGCUCAUGUCAGCCCCAUUAGGGACACAAUAAGUUUUUGACCAUAUUUGGUUUAGAGAAUGCAGUGGACAUUCUGUGGUUUGUCCUACUCCUUGAGUGAUGGGUUUGGUUGGGGUUUUUUUUGUUGUUGUUUUGCUUUUUUAUAUGUGAAAGCCUUAGCAUUCCCCAACAGAGGAAUGGCUUUUCAGUGCUAAAGGUGUCACUUGAAUUUAAUGAAUGAGUGUGUCAGCCUACUGUUUUACAGGACUUUUUGCCUUUUCAGCAAUAACUUUCCACCCCAUGAGGCAGCACUGCUGUCAGGAUAGCUUGGGAUUUCAAGUAUGGUGUCAAGAUGAAUAAUGAUGGCUUUGAAGGUCUUCUGCCAUUGAACUCAUAUUCAUUGAUUGUGAGAUUUAAUGUUAUUUACUAAGUGAUGCUUUCCUUAAAACAUUCUUUUUCCUCUUCUCUGUUCUUAAUUUAAAAAAAAAAUCAUUCCUUGAAAAUUACUUUGAUUAUUGCAAUGACCUGUGUUUAAGGGAGCUCAUUUUCUAAAACAUCUGGCUUAUUUGUGUCACUUUUGGAGAAGUAGGUAGGAAAGCCUCUUUCCAGAAACAUCAGAGGUGAGUGUUCUUGUUUUCUUUCCCCCCUUUCUUUAGAGAAUCCUUUGUCCUAUAGUUUUCCAUUGGCCUCAAAAGGGAGAAGCAGAUACUAGAAUUGUUACAUUACUGGAAGCCUGUAGAAUAAGCAGACUGGCUUAUUCUUAACUCCCUCAUCAAAAUCUUUGCUUAUCCAUUCUUUUCUUAUAGGAGGGAGACACUAUGGAAGUUGUAUGGUAUGCUUCACAAAAUGCCACUGUAGAGCCUGGGCCACUUAGUCAAAUUGAUAGCUAUUAUAAUUUGUGGUUCAGGAUUUUUUUUUUUUUUUGCCAAAUGAUAGUUUGAAGUGAAACUGAAUCAGAAAUGCAGUGCAUCUGAAGAAGUAAUGGUAAAGCUUCAGAAAAAGAAACACCUGUGGUGAUCUUGCCUAUGCAAUAGGUUCAUAGGUUAAUUUAUGAAUAUUACAGUUUGCUGUGUUGGAUUUGGGCCAUAGCUAAAAACAGUAAUUAGUCACUUGGAAAAGAAUAUUAUUUCAAAAGAUAAUUCUUGCUAUGACCUAAAAUUGCUAUCCCUAUUAGUACUCAAUGGGAUCUUUAAAAAGAAAAGUAGAACUAAAUAUAAAUGUUUAUGAUUUAAAAUAAAAAGCUUAUUGAUUUAUUUUUCCUUGCCACAUUUAUUUAACCAAUGCUAUCUCACAGUACCUUGAACAUUUAGGCAUUUAAUAUGAUUGAUUUUCCAUUUCAGAUAACUGUAGUCUUGAAAUGGAAUUCUCCUAAUGUUAAAAUUCUUUCUUUGCUUUCUGACAAAAGUCUCUCGGGGAGGGAAUAUAGUAGGAAAUUUCAGGAGAUAGACCUAAAUUGUUAUCAUUUUUAGCUCCUCAUGCAUCUUUUUAUAUUUCAAGUGUCUUUAGUGUGAGUUACCAAGAUUUGUGCUUUGUGAGUGGCAUUGGAAUCUAAAUUCUUCUGGGGGCACCUUACUGGCAUUGUGUGACAAGAGCAAAUAAAUAUAUCUUUCUCACAGCUAUUAUAAUGGAAAU